UUGAAAGUUAAACUCGUUGCGUGGCGGAACACUGCAGUCGGCGGACCGGAAAUAGAUAGAGUCACAUUGAAAAUUGUGACAUGACGAGUUCAUGAUGCUCUGAGGGUGCACCAGCUGCAAGACUGUAAACCAUGUUUGUCUCAAGAGUGGUUUCACAGAUUAACCUGCUUUCCAAAGCGUCUGGUUUACUUCCGAAGCAGAGCCAGGCUUUAUGCAGUGCUGUACAACAUUGCCAUUCUGCCCAUUUCAAAGCUUUUCACUCUACAAACAGAUUCCUCACCUCAGCUACUGACAACAAGUAUCAGCCCAAACUAUGGACACCUCUUGAUCCAGAUUUAGAGGAGGUCCUUGUGCCCCGUAAACUGUCCGUUUCCCCUUUGGAAAGCUGGCUUUCCCUGCGCUAUUCUCUCCCCCCUUUGCUGGAGGCUUUUUCGCCUCUGGAAGAAGGUGAGAUUAUAAGUGAAUCCAUGGCGCUGCCCCCGUGUGCUGUGCCAUUACUGGAAGAAGGAGAAUGCUCAACGCCGCUGCACUGCAAGAAAGUGCUGGAGAUCAGGCGAAGGAAGAUGAACAGGCACAAAUACAGAAAGCUGCUAAAAAGGACCAAGUUCCUGAGAAGGAGAGUAAAGGAUGUCAGGAGGAAGAAAAAGCAGGCCAAGUUUGAGAGAGAUCUCAUCCGAAUUGCUAGACGAGCUGGACUGAAGAAAGCCCCAGAGGGAUGGACAACACCCAAAGUCUUUGUCAAACUGAGCCAAUCUAAAAGAGAUUGAAAACCUUUGACAAGAUGUAAAUCUAGCAUGUAAUAUAAAUAUUUUUGACUUUUCGUAACACCUCUCAUUCCACCACUACUGUAUUUGGAGCGAAACAGUGAGAUGACUUCUUUCAUUGACAUCAAUGUGUACAUGUUACUGCAAUAAAAAU